AUGGCAGACUGGAUAAUGGAUUUUGUCGGCAAGAAUAUUUUUAUUUCGGCGCUGAAUCUAAUACUCCUUUUAUUAUGUUUCUUUCACGUUGUGUCUGGACAAUUUUCAUAUUCUGUCUUCGAGGAAGUAGAACCAGGAACUUCUGUUGGAAAUAUCGCCAAAAGCUUGAAUAUCAACGUGCAGGAUCUGCGUUCACGUAUGUUUCGGAUUGUUAGCAAUUCCAAGAAAAUAUACUUCGAGGUAAAUUUAGAUACUGGCGUUUUGUAUGUUAAUGACAGAAUAGAUAGAGAUGUGAUCUGUUCAAAUGCCCCGAAGUGCACGCUUAACGUAGAAGCUAUUAUUAAUAAUCCUGUAAAUAUUUACCGCAUCGAAAUCAAUGUUUUGGAUAUAAAUGAUAAUUCUCCGAUUUUUAGGUUUCAAUCUCAAACAGUGAAUAUUACAGAGAACACGUUACCUGGGGUAAGAUUUCCAUUACUUGGGGCUUAUGAUGCUGACUCAGGGAAAAACGCGGUUAAAACAUAUAAGCUUAGUCCCAAUGAUAACUUCUCUCUAGCGGUACAUCAGGGAGGAGAAUAUAGUGUGUCCGCUGACUUGGUACUACAGAAAGCCCUGGAUAGAGAAAAACAAUCCACAAUUGUGCUUGUAUUAACAGCGAUAGACGGUGGGACUCCGCCAAAAUCCAGCACAUCGAACAUUAUCGUUAACAUUCUUGAUAUUAAUGAUAACAUUCCAGCAUUUACCCGCCCAUUGUAUAAAGCUCGUGUUUUUGAGAAUGCACCACCGGGAACGCCUGUAAUCACUCUGAAUGCGACCGACGCGGAUGAAGGGUCAAACGGUGAUCUUGUGUACUCAUUCAGUAAACACGAGCACGACCAGACUUUAGAUAUUUUUUAUAUUGACCCUCAUAGUGGAACUAUUACAGUUAAUGGCAUUAUUGAUUUUGAGAUUGACAGUGAUUUUGAAAUGCGUGUGCAAGUAAAUGACAAAGGCCAGCCUCCGAUGGCCGCGCACUGCAAACUGCUCGUUGAGGUGCUGGAUGUUAACGACAAUUUCCCCGAAAUAAGGGUGACACCACUUUUAGAUCCUGUCAAAGAAAAUGCGAGGGUGGGCACCGUUGUAGCUCUCGUGGAAGUCACUGAUAAAGACGGUGGCCAAAAUGGAAUCGUGGACUGUUACAUCUCUAAUGAUAUUCCAUUUAAAUUACAAAUGAAUUAUAAUAACUACUUUUCUUUAGUAGUCGAUGGACCUUUGGAUAGAGAGAGUUCAUCACAGUACAAUUUUACUAUCGCAGCUACUGAUGAGGGAAGCCCACCUCUUUCCAGUACCAGCUUUAUUACUGUGCACAUUUCUGACAUAAAUGACAAUCCACCAUGUUUUUCUCAUUUAGAAUAUAGUCUUUACUUAAAGGAGAACAGUCCAGCUGGAGCUCUUAUACAAACUGUCACAGCAAGUGAUUUGGAUGCAGAUGAAAAUGCGCAUGUUACAUAUUCACUAUUGGACGGUACCAGCAAACGAGUCCCAGUAUCCACCAUGGUAAACAUCAACUCUGUUACUGGAAGUAUAUACAGCUUGCAGUCAUUUAACUAUGAAGAAACAAAAACUUUCCAGUUCAUGGUUCAGGCCACAGACUCUGGUGUCCCUCCAUUAAGCAGUAAUGUUACUGUCAAUGUUUUCAUCCUGGAUGAGAAUGACAACAGUCCUCAGAUUCUCCCACCUUAUUCGGACCAGGGCUCCGUAAAUACAGAGAACAUUCCCUACUCUGCUGAAGCGGGAUACUUUGUGGCCAAGAUCAGGGCUGUGGACGCUGACUCCGGUUAUAAUGCUCUGCUGUCCUAUCACAUCUCCGAACCCAAAGGAACCAAUCUCUUCAGAAUCGGAACCAGUACAGGGGAGAUUAGGACUAAGAGGAGAAUGAGUGACAAUGACUUGCAGACCCAUCCAUUGGUCAUUUUAGUUUCUGAUAACGGAGAUCCUUCUCUUUCAUCUACGGUGUCUAUUGAUGUUAUUGUUACUGAAAACAAUGAGAAAAUCCAAACUCAUUUUAAAGAUCGGCCAAUGAAAGAGGAUCACUUUUCCAGUUCACACCUGUAUCUGCUCAUCGCCAUUGUGUCAGUGUCUGUGAUAUUUUUACUCAGCCUCAUAACUUUAAUAGCAUUUAAGUGUCACAGGACGGGUGACACUUUCAGCAGGUACACUGCUGCAGAUAUCACCACACACCCUGACGGGAGCUGGUCUUACUCCAAAACUUCUCAUCAGUAUGACGUUUGUUUUAGUUCGGAUACGCUGAAGAGUGAUGUAGUAGUUUUUCCUGUGCCAAAUGCACCAACAGACACUGAUCUUAUCAGUAUUAAUGGGUCUGACAGCAUCAGAAGGAAUCAGACGCUGCCUAAAAGUGAGAAGGUAAGAAUGUCAUUGUUACAGUUUUGUUAA